GCACACGAGUGACGCAUUCCACAUGCGACUCUCAAUGUGCACUGGAUUGUAUACAUGAUGCUAAAUGCGCUGCAGGUUGAGAGGGGCAAACAACGAAACAUCGUGUCUUCAAUUAAAAGUAAAUCAAUUCUCCAGGAGGUAGACAUGGUAGACCUUUAUCAGACAAUAGUUCAUCUCACUCCGAAGUUUUAGUGAGGCAAACGAGGCAGAAACGCAGAUGUUCGGAUUGUGCAUCCCUCUGCUGAGGAAGACGCCAGAAGCGGAAGCUAAUACAAGGACAGCUGAGUAGUCUAUGAAAAUCCUUUCGAAGUGUGGGUGAGCCUGCAGAUACAUCAGCAUCCCAACACUAGUACUCACCUUUCCACUUAAAGUCUGCACUGGCUCAGCUGGAAGCAGCUGACCUUAAGUAUUAAGGGGAGCUUAAAUCAGAAAGUCAUUAGAGACAGUGGACCAUGGCCUGGAAAGUGUGUAUCUCCCUGUCAUAAAUAAAGAAGACAAAAUAAAAUCCCCAUUCAGCACUGUUGCAUAUGAGCUAUCUGACUCAGACCUACCCAGCUGAAGGGUUACCCACAACUCCAUGCUCUAAUGUGACCCUCCAUUUUUCACUCUAAUCGAUCUCUCCCCGAUGCAUCGAACGCAGAGCCUCCGGGGCAAAGCAAAAUACCUCAAGAGAAAACAGGGAUUUAUAUCUUCAAUCAAAGGAGUUUCUCAUCUCUCCAGGCGAGCCAAGAGACGCUUGUAUUGUAAAUUACAGCUUUGGAUGUGGAGGAAGCGGAGAGAGAAAUGCCAUUUUGGGAUAUUGAGAGCAAAGAAACAAGCUUUUGGGAUCGGCCACGGCUCCGGCCCCUGCGUCAGUGUAAAGACACAAACACAGAAAAAUAAAGGUAAAGUUCCAGUGUACCACACACCAAACUUGGAAAAUUCACAAGUCAGAACGUCAGUUCUUGUUUCACCUCCUGGAUGUGAUACUGGAGGUUCAGAGGACUCGCUUAGAAGGCAGAAUUGCCUGCUGAAGCUGUCUGAAUCUGUCAGUUUGUCCGAAACGUUCAUUGCUUCCAGUUCCUUGCAGAACCUAGUUAUGGACACAAAUGUUUCUGCAGGCAACAUCACCAUGCCAACAGUGACGGUGCUGCCUCAAAAAACAGAAACUUUGGUACAGCCUAGUGGAACUACUGACCCUUUCAAACUUUCUCACACCGUCCAACCACAGUUGAGUACAGACAGUGAUGCAACUACACAUUUUAAAGAACCAUGGACAAUGGUACUAGCUCAAAGGCUUGAGGUUGACGGCCCAUCAGGACAAUUCACUACUGUCACUCCAGGUCAGGACCAGGCUACAAACCGAGAUACUGAUGAGAGAAUCACCAGUAAAAAGACAGCGUCUUCUCAAACUGACAUCAGCCUUAAAGUACUGAUAAAGGACAUACACGAAUUCCUUGAUGACUUCUACAGAAUAUAUGGUAGUUUCAUCCCACUACAAAAGACCGACGUGUUGAAACAUCUGAAGAGGAGGUUUAACACCGAUUUCAGUGACAGGAAAAAUGUCAUCUUCUCAGAAGUUACCAAAUACCGAACUGCGAUCGUUCAGAAACCUGUUCCCUCCUUCCAGGUGGUCUACAAGAAACACACACUGACGCUGGAUGACUUGUCUACACUGGCAGAUCAGAACUGGCUCAACGACCAGGUCAUGAACAUGUAUGGAGAAUUGAUUAUGGAAUCUGCCCAUCACAAGGUCCAUUUUCUCAACAGCUUCUUCCACAGGCAGCUCAUGACUAAAGGAUAUGAUGGUGUUAAGAGAUGGACAAAGCAGGUGGAUUUGUUUUCUAAGAGUUUGCUUUUGGUGCCCAUCCACCUGGAGGUUCACUGGUGUCUGGUGACAGCUGACAUCGUCAAAAAGAAGAUCUGCCUUUACGACUCUCAAGGGAACGCACUCCAGAAGGUUGCAAGGAACAUCCUGAAAUACUUGAUGACAGAAGCAAAGGAGAAGAAGCUAACAGCUUUUGAAAAUGGUUGGGCUGUGUCAUUUGAUGAGAAAAUCCCACAACAGACCAAUGAAAAUGACUGUGGAGUUUUUGUCUUGGAGUAUUCUAGAUGCCUUGCCAUGGCAAAACCUCUGCAGUUUUCACAGAAGGACAUACCAAAGAUACGCAAGAGGAUCUACAAAGAGCUCUGUGACUGUAAGCUCCAUGAACAGGGCUGAUGAGUAACUUACAGUUGUAUGUAUGUAUUGCUGAUAAUAUGUGUUGCUUCUGAUUAGGGUAGGAAAUCAGCAGUCCACACACUUGUCUCUGUUUAGGGCUCCAUUAGCAGCUCUAUAACAGCCUUACAGCACUGUGAGUGCAGAUGGCUGACCCCAGUUGGAGAGUGUCAGUCUUAUAUCAGGCGCACUGUUCAUGCUAAAUCGUAAUUUGUGUAUGAUGACUGUAUUUAUAUGAUCGAUAUUUAAUCAGGCAUGUUAUUUAAGAAAAAGAUCUUUUUGUUCGUUUUAGACCUUGACUUGAAGUUUACACAUCUGCAGUGCACCAACAGAGCCUUACUAAAUGGACUGCCUGUUGAAAUGGAUCUAAUCUGUCAUGGUCCAUGUCUGUGUUUAGGUGUUACCUAUUUUCUGUUAAAAUAUCUGUACACCUUAUUUGCACAUUUUUCUAAGUCUAAUUUGUUUGCUUCAUAGUUUACCUGUUAGCAACAGAUGACUGAAAACAAGCUAUGUGUAUUUUGUUUGUAAAGAAAGUUAAGUAGUGUGAACUGGAAUCAGUGUCCAAAUGAUUAGUUUUGUUUGUGGCAUAAUAAUAAUGUGUAUAAAAAGUUUUAAAUAAAAGCAGACAGUUUUCAAACA